AUGGAGGGCCUUGGGGAGAUGCGGCCCCCGCCAGUGCCGGUGAAGCGGAAGGCGGCCGUUCCUGCGCCACAGGACGAGCCGAAGGCCAAGCGGAUUGAGCUUGGGGAUGACCUCCCAGAGGAAGUAUCCAAGGAGGAUAUCCAGCACAUGCUGGACAAGGCCGACGCGGUCGAGAGCUUGAACGAGCCCGCCCUGAAGCGCAUGCAUCUUCAGUUCGAGCGCAAAGUGCGCGUGAACCGGGAACUGAGAAUAAAGCAUGGCGACGAUCCCGACAAGUUCCUGAAGAGUGAGGUAGACCUGGACGAAGAGAUCAAGAAGUUCACACUGGUGGCCACCCACCCAGAGCUCUACGGCGCGUUGCUCCGCCUGGAGACUCUGCCCCUGCUGGUGGGGAUGCUGAACCACGUGAACACGGACAUCGCCGUGGAUGUCUUCGAGGUGCUCUCGGAGCUGACGGACCCCGAGGUCCUGGGGGAGGCGGAGGAGGCAGAAGCCUUUGUGAAGGCGCUCUUUGACGCCCAGCUCUGCCAGAUGUCGGUGGACGUGCUGAUGCGCAUCGACGAGUCCACCAGCGACGAGGACUUCAAGGCUGUGACCAACGGCCUCAGCAUGAUUGAGAACUUGGCAGACUUGAUGCCACUGGAAACCUGCCGCCAGUUUGUCAACAUUCAGACGUUCUUGCCCUGGCUGAUCAAGCGGGUGCGGGCUCCCAACAUGGAUUACAACAAGGUCUAUGCCUCGGAAAUCCUGGGCAUCGUGCUGCAGAACUUGGCCGAGGCUCGGGAGGCGGUUGUGAAGUUGGAGGGUGUGGACAAGCUCCUCCGCGGCAUCGCGGCCUACCGCAAGCGCGACCCUGCGGACAGCGAGGAGGCUGAGUACGUGCAGAACAUGUUCGACUGCCUCUGCUCGCUGAUGCUUCUGAAGAGCAACCAGCUCGCCUUUGGCAACCUCCAGGGGCUGGAGCUGAUGAUCCGCAUGAUGAAGGACCGGGUCUUCGCGGCCACCUUGGCGCUGAAGCUGUCGGCCCACGCGGUGCGCCACUGCCCGGAGAACUGCCAGAUCUUCGUGGAGAAGCUGGGGCUCAAGGUGCGGGAACUGGAAGGGUUGCAUGGAUUGGGGGAAGGCGGGAAUUGUGUGGGGAGUGUUUUUUUUUGGAAUGGGGAAAGGUUUGGGGGUUCGGGGAGGGGGGGGGGGUGGGGGGAAAGGGGGAAUUGUUUGGGGAAUGGUUGA